GUCAUCUCGCGCGGUUACCCUGCCUACACCACCUCUGUUGGCUGGCUCGGCUACGACGACGCCAAGGUCGAGCGCCUGACCAAGGAGUCGCUCGCCCAGGGCUUCAACCACUUCAAGCUCAAGGUCGGUGCCGACGUCGAGGACGACCUGCGUCGCGGUGGCAUCAUCCGCCGUGUCAUUGACGACCCGGCCAACAUGCCCGCCGGCCGCACCGUCGACCCCAAGACCAUCGAGGGCAAGAACGCCGGCCCCACCGGCUGUGUGCUCAUGAUCGACGCCAACCAGGUCUGGGACGUGCCUCAGGCUAUCGAGUACGUCAAGAAGCUCGAGCCCCUCAAGCCCUGGUUCAUCGAGGAGCCCACUGCCCCCGAUGACGCCGUGGGCCACUCCAACAUCCGCAAGGCCCUCAAGCCCUACGGCAUCGGUGUCGCUACCGGCGAGCACGCGCACAACCGCAUGGUCUUCAAGCAGCUGCUCCAGCUCGACGCCAUUGACGUCUGCCAGAUCGACUCGUGCCGCGUCGCCGGUGUCAACGAGAUCCUCGCCAUCAUGCUCAUGGCCGCCAAGUUUGGCGUCCCCGUCUGCCCCCACGCCGGCGGUGUCGGUCUCUGCAACAUGACCCAGCACCUGUCGCUCAUCGACUACAUUGUCGUCUCGGGCUCGAUGGAGCGCAACGUCCUCGAGUACGUCUCGCACCUCCACGACCAGUUCGAGCACGGCCCCACCAUCAACGCCGACGGCCGCUACAACGUCCCCCAGGAGCUUGGCUACUCGGUCGACUUCACCGAGGCCGCCAUGCGCGACUAUGUCUUCCCCGAGGGCCCUUACUGGGUCGCCGCCGCAAAGGGCGAGGAGUUUGCCGGUGCCCCCAUCCACCACUAA